ACGUCGGAAACUAUUCGUGGAUGCACCGGGAGGAGAGUUGUUUACAAACACCAAACUUAACAAAACAAAAUAUCAACGCGUCGUCUUAAACUAUUCAUUUGCGGCAAAUGGUGAAAGUUCUCAACAAUGUGGAGUAUAACACAAGUCUGUUGCUAGUAGAAGUUGUAGGGACGUGUUGUACUUUCACUGUGUCCGUGGGCGCAGCGAGAUAAAGCCGAGCAGGUGCCGUAGUCGCACAGAGGUGUCGGCUGUGGGCAGUCAGCAGGACACAUGGCAGACGAAGGCAACAAGCUGACACUAAGGCGCCUGGAGGCUCCGGUCCACAAGUUCAUUAAAGUGGCACUGCCCACGGACCUGGAGAGGCUGCAGAAACACCACAAUAACAUACUGAAGUAUCAACAAAGCCAGCAAUGGGACCGCCUUCACCAGGAGCAUAUUAAUGCCAGCAGAACAGUUCAGCAGCUGAGAGCCAACGUCAGAGAGAUGGAGAAGCUGUGCGCCCGGGUCCGUGCCGAAGAUGCUGAUGCUCUGCAAGCGCUUGUCAAGCCGGUCAGGGACAGAGCGUCAGCCGCUACGAGAGACUUCCUCCUUUUGCACUCUAACCCCGUGCCUCCGCCCGCGCCGGCGUCGCCACCUGCCACUCAGCCGUCCAGCUGCGGAUCCAGUGAUGCCGAUGACGACGCGGCUGAGGAGCCAGCGUUUGGCAGGCAAAUUCAGCUCCACCUCCCACACAUCCCCGCUGAUCAGAGUGCAGCGGAGUCCUGGGAUAACCUGGAAGAGGAUCUGAAGGAGCUGAACAGCCUGGUGACGGAGUUCGCUCUGCUCGUCCAUUCCCAGCAGGAGAAGAUUGACAGCAUAGAGGACAACGUCAACACAGCCGCUGCCAACGUGGAGGAGGGGACCAAGAGCCUGGGGAAGGCGGUGGGCUACAAGUUGAUGGUGUUGCCGGUUGCCGGGGCGCUGCUGGGCGGCGUGGUGGCGGGUCCUCUCGGCCUGCUGGCCGGGUUCAAAGCUGCGGGAGUGGCCGCCGCUGUGGGAGGAGGCGCCCUGGGGUUUGCCGGUGGCAACCUGGUCCAGAAACAUCGCAAAAAGAGACUGGAUCAACAGAUGAGUCAGCUGACAGCGCUACCGCUGGCUGAACCAGAGACGAGCAAGGACAAGUGAGCCAAGCAGCCCCGGCUAGCGGCUAGCUGCUAGCUGCCGUCUAACCACUGUCCCUCCCGUGUUGACUGACCAGUCAGAAGCACAAACUACAGGCCCGGUGGUGCCGAGCCACAAACAGACUCGUUGUAAACACUGCUGCUGCCGCGCGCUGCGUAAAAACAAUUAUGUAAUAACAGCCUUAAGAGCGAGUUACAUCUGUGUUUAUGUCUGAAUGGUGUUUCUGUGAGGACAUUCAUUUUCGACGCUGACAACGCAUCUUUUUAUCCCGGACUAAACAGAGUCGUUCUUUACACUGCGGCUCUCAGUCUGUGGUCGGCGAGCGUGACAUGGCUGUGAGCACAUCCCUCUGCUAAAAGAAACGUUUGGCAGCAAAUAAAUUAAAUCAAUUUCACAGACCGAGCCGUUCCGUCACAUCCCAUCAGCAACAAGAGCAGUCAGUGUUCCUUAAGCAAACUCUGCUUCUUCUUCUUCUUCAUGUCAAGGGUGUUCAGGUUUACCAGUGGUCAUGCCUUCUUUACGCAGGAAACGGUGUGAACAGCGCGAUGUGAUUUAACGUACUAAUGUCUCAGUGUUUGUAUAAAUUAUACUGUACAAUUGCACAAAAAGAGCCAAAGUGCCACUAGUGUCCGGACCACUUCAGCGACCGGGGAAUAGGAGCCUGCCAUGUAUUGACGAGUUGCUGCUGCCAAAUAAAACGUUUCUUUGCAACAAUCGUGUCGUUCAUCAAACAAUCGGAACAAAACUCAAACAGCAGUGAAGGUCAGAAAGCACCACACAACAUAUAUCUUGUAAAAUGGUUUUUAAUUUACUUUUUCAUUAUUUUUUACUCUUCUUCCCCUCUGAGAUGACUGAUCAAGAAAUGGCACCCAACCCCCCCCCCUCAUUGUUCUGUAUGUGGGCUGAUAUGUCACUAUGCAGGUAUCUGUUGGCCUCUAUAGAAGGGCAGGAUGUACAGUACAAACUUAUCAAUGGGUCCCUAUACUCAUAGUUCCACGUUAAGAUUUUCUGGUGUCUAGACUUGUACCAAACCCUAAAAGACAUAGAAAGAGACAAAACCAGUUUUAAGAGAACUCGUACAAAGAAGACUAAAUUUCCACCGUUCAUCACAUGGGUCCCCCCCCCCCGUCGUCGUCUUUCGGCCUUUUUUAAAACGCCAGGAAAGACGAAAACUUUUUUCUACCCGAGCAGGAUGACAUUUAACAACAGGUAACAGCAAAAACAACAGCCAUUUCAUAAAUUUGCGAUCAUGUUGAAGUACAUCGUUUCAGAACGUUUCCUCCUCUAUUCCGACUCAGAGGUUUUGACCCGGUCCCCCUUUAAUAUCAUACAACCGUGGAUUUUGGUUGACUUUCAGGUCAACGGAAUUAGACUCUUUGAUUACAAGAGUCCAACCACACGUCUGGAGGUCAAAUAGCAGACGUAUUCUCGUUCAUGCAUCAGCUACACUCCCCUGCCUUCUGUCGCUCUGGUGUCACAGACCGUCGACGAGAAGAGGCGGAGAACCACAUGUUGCCAUGUUUGCAAAAACAAAAAAAGCAAAAAAAGAAAAGAAAAAAAAAGCGGUAUUCGU